CGCGAGGGGUAUAUGUGGAAGUUGGAAAAAUUCGGGGUGCGCCCGUGCAUCCCAGCACCGUCAGCUGGAUCCGCCCGCCCUGCGGUGGCGGCAUGAGCGGCGGGGCGUCUCUGGGGCUCAGGCCGUCGGGGAGCUAUGGAUCGCUGCCGCAGCAGCCGAAGCAGCAGCUAGGCGGCUGCCAUUCGUCGCCAUCGCCCGCGCCGUCGGCGUCCCCGCCGCUCGCCGCGCGGAAGCUCGCCAAGAUGUCGCUCGGCGGGGCGGGCGGCGGCGGCGGCCCGCGCGUGUUCGCACGGAUCUGCAAGCUCGCCGGCCGCCGCCAGCGGAUGCUGCUCCUACUCCUCGUCGCCGUCGCCGUGGCCUUCUGCUUCCUCUUCUCAUCACUUGUCAGUAAAGAUGAAGAUGCAUCACCUGGUGUUGAGACGAUGCUUGUAUUUUCUGAUCAUGUCCGGAGCUUUGUGAACCCUGUUUGGACAUCAUCGGGCAGACCAGUAGCCCAGAGAGAUUCACUGACUGCGAAUGAUCUGAGUACAGGAGCACAUAUGGAAAGACAGUCUGACAGUAGUAAAAAACAAGUUCAGGAUCUCAUGCAGAGUUUUCCACCAGCUGUUGUUCUGAAUCACCAUCCUUGUGAAAAUUUCUUUUUGUCUCCUCCACCUAUUGAUAGAAAACGUACUGGACCACGGCCCUGUCCCGUUUGUUAUUUGCCUGUUGAGCAAGCACUGGCACUGAGACCAGCUCAGCCAUCCGCAUCGCCUGUCCUUCAAAGCUUAAAUUAUAUGUCUGAAGAGAAUUUGGUUUCCAAAGAUUCAAAUGGUGGUUCUUUGUUUGGAGGUUAUCCAUCCCUGGAGGAACGAGAUAAAUCUGACGACAUAAAAGAGUUGAUGACAGUACAUUGUGGAUUUGUAAGAGGGAAGAUACCUGGUCUUAAUACUGGGUUCGACAUAGAUGAAGCUGAUCGUUCUGAGAUGCAGCAGUGCCAGAGGACUGUUGUUGCCUCUGCUAUUUUUGGUAACUACUACUCUGUACUCCAAUUCUUGUCUCCAACCUUCUUGCACACUUGCUUACAUGUAUUUUCUCAGGAAACUGAUAUACUGCAACAACCAGAAAACAUCAGUGAAUUUUCAAAGGAUACUGUUUGCUUCUUUAUGUUUCUGGAUGAAGAAACAGAAGCUGCACUAAAGAACUCCACUACUAUUGACCAUACCAAAAGAAUCGGGCUAUGGCGUAUAGUUGUUGUCCGGAACCUACCAUAUUCAGAUGCAAGGCGCAAUGGAAAGGUUCCAAAAUUACUACUUCAUCGGCUUUUUCCUAAUGUGCGAUAUUCAAUUUGGAUUGAUGGGAAACUUAAGCUAGUGAGGGAUCCUUAUCAGGUAUUAGAAAGAUUCUUGUGGAGGAAGAAUGUUAGCUUUGCUAUUUCCAGGCAUUACAGACGCUUUGAUGUCUUUGACGAAGCUGAGGCCAACAAGGCUGGUGGAAAAUAUGACAAUGCUUCAAUUGAUUACCAGAUAGAGUUCUAUAAAAGAGAGGGAUUAACCCAUUAUUCAUCAGCUAAACUUCCUAUGACGAGUGAUGUCCCUGAGGGCUGUGUGAUAGUUAGGGAACACAUCCCCAUAACAAACCUGUUUUCAUGCCUUUGGUUCAAUGAAGUCGACCGCUUCACCUCCAGAGAUCAGCUAAGCUUCAGCAUGGUUAGGGAUAAAAUAAGGUCGCGAGUUAAUUGGACUGCAGACAUGUUCCUGGAUUGUGAAAGGCGUGAUUUUGUUGUUCAGUCAUACCACCGAGAACUGUUGGAACAGCGGCAGGCUAGCUUAAGAAGUAGGCCUCUCCUGCGGCCACCUAUGGGGCAGAUACAGCCAAGAAAGAUGCUUCCAGACAAUGCAUCGAAGGAACCUGGGAAGGCUUCAUCAGCCAAGAAGUUACCAGGGAAGCGUACACGUGAUGAGAGAUCAAGCUCGAAACGAGGUCAUCGAACUAAAGUAAUUGGUGGGAAGGAGGCAAUUCAACUAUAAAUCUCCUGGCAGUUUUGCUCCUAUACAAUUGCGUAUCUGACGAACAGCAUUCCAACAUGUUUUACUAUUUAACUUGUAUCCACACUCCCCGCCCAAAGGCUCGGAAAUUUUGUCAGGAAGUGUUGAUAGAGAACUGAAAUUCUUUGUUGUAAAUAAACAUUUUUUUAGAUCAGAGAUGGAUGCAACUAGCAGCUGAUUCAGCUCAAUUCAUUUUGGAGGUAGUCUUGGGGCUGGUUUCAAAUAGUAAAUGUAUUCCUGAUGAUCGGUAUCAUUUUUCAAGUGGCGAAUUUUAGUUCACAGAUCAAAGGUGAAUUGAACA